GCCAUAUUUCACCCCCUCGAGUACUCUUUUAUAAAAAAUAGUGGUGCUUAUUUGAAAAUUCUAAAGGAACCCCUAAGAAGGAACUGGAAUCUGGCUUUACAGGCGUGGCUUCGAUUCAUUUUAAGCCUCAUCAGAGAAAAAAAUCAGAGAAACAAAAGUUCCCAACAUUUUUCUUCCCGCCCCCCAAACGGUACCCUUAAACGGUACUGUCACAGAUCUUACAGCGGUCAUCUUGCAUUGAAGAUUCCUAUAAGUGGCAUUAAUCCACCAAUUUUAACUCGUAAAAGGGGCGACGAACAUCCGUGUUAUUUUUGUAGACGAGUACCUGUUUAUCAGUCUCUUUGUAGUCUCCCUCGCAGCCAUUUUUGUCUCGUCACGCAACACGAGGAGCGAGGAGACUAGUCUCUUUAAACACCUCUUAUGAUUUGCCCUUUUAAGUUGUGGUAAGGUUUGUCAGUUUCGUUAUACGUUCGUCUUUUGUAGGACAUACGAAGAGAACCCAGAAGAAGCGAUUAAUCAGUGCCAUAUACUACUGGAAGAACCGGAUCUUGAAACAGCUGUGCGAGUUGGAGAUGUUUAUGGGGUCAUCAUAGAACACUACGCAAGGCAGCAAAAUUACUCCAAAGUAAGUUUUAGACCGAGAACUGUAUGCGUAGGGUUUUUAAAGUUAAGUUUCAAAUCAAGUUAUUGGCUGUGGCAAUGGACCAACGCUCUUCUCUUGACGAUGUCGUAAAACCCAAUCAUUUCUCCAGCACAUUUGCGUUAUGUCAUCUUUCCCAGGGCGAGUUUGUCUCGCGGGCAUUAUCUUGUUGAAACUGGUAGCCUUAGGUAUGCAACUGUUUUAGUUUUCUGUAAUUAGUCACCUAGGAAAUGGCCUUUCGUUUUAAGGAAUUUGAUGUCAGCUUUGUUUGUUUUCGUAUUUUUAUUCCAUUCAUAUAUACUAGUUUUCGUACAGAGCGCAAUUAAUUGAGUCCACAAGAUUCGAGGACGAAAACGCGAUUUAACUUUGUUUUUCGCGUGUUCACAAAAAAUCGACAACCCGGAAAGCUUAAUUGCCGGACUUUUUUCACCAGAAAAGUUAGCACGGUUAUUUUUAUUGAAUGAGGUUUAAAAGCCCUCUCCCGCGCGCAAAAUAAUAAAACGUCUAACAUUUGAUAACUUCCUUCCGUCGCUACAACAUUCUUGCUAAAACCCGUAGUCGAAUGACGACGGCUGUCACGUUUUGCCGCCAAAAUGACGCUGGUUCGCGCGUGCGCACUCGUCCUCGUAGUCCUCAGUCCUCGUCUUAGUAUAGAAUCUAAAGCUCUCUAAUGCUUAAGACGCGCUAACAAUAUGCCAUUCACAUGGAAAGCACAUUUUACAGUUUUUCUUACUCUGGCAAAUUUUUCCAUUCUUCAGGCGUAUUCCAUUAUGGAGGAAAUGAGGCGCAGAGUACCCAACGUUAACAUGGCGUACUACGUGAACAUGAAGACAAUAGAGGCCACUCACAAGGCUGUGGGCGUGCCCUUGGGGAGGGGUAUGGGCGCCGAACGAGAGAUCCGGGGGGAGCUAGACGAGGAUGAAGGAGAGGAGGUGGAGGAAGAGGUUGAAGAAGAAAUGAUGAAUGGACAUGAUGAUUAUUAGCUACCAGGACGCAACAAGUGGAGGUAGAGAACUGGAAACUAAUGAAAGUCAAACUGGCUUUGGUUAGUUUUUACUGACUCAGUUCCAAUGCCACGCUAGGCGAGAAGAGAGAGACUGGAAACUAUACAAAUCAGCGUGGCAAAUGUAAUGGAAAAUGUUAUUGAGUUAACAGGACUGGACUGCUGGGGAGAGAUAAUGACCGGAAACUAGUAAAAAUACACUGAAGUGAUUGUUACUUAUACAGGACAAGUAAGGAGAGUAGCGAAUGGCGGGAGGACGCUAGAAUGAAAAGAGGUUAAAGAUAUUAAAAGGACAUUUUAAAAGUAGAAUUUGAUUUGCUAACGAAUUAACAGGACCAGAACAGAGUAAAACAGCGAAAAGUAUUCUUUUUAAAACUUUAAAAAGGACAAUUUAAGAGAGCUGGGCUGAAAAUCAGAGCAAGUCACAGAAAUUCGGCUGGUGGUUACUUGGAGUACGGACAGAAUACAACAUCUUCUGCAAUAAAUGGCGAUAAGAGGACAGUAAAAAGACUUUGCUGAUCACUUUGCAACUUACCAAAUUGUGCAAAUCCUGCUGGCUGAAGCAUUGAUAAGUACCCUCCUCUUCAGGGGCAGUCGUCAUUCUAUGUUAAGAAAAAAAUUCCAUCGAAAGAAAGUUCAUAAAAUAAUGUAACGUGGUAAAAUGAGUUUCUAGUGAAUAGCUAGAUGUUUGGACGGUUAAAACGAACUUAAUUUAUUAUGCAUAUACGUGAGAGUUACAUCCCAUUGGCACUCACGGUACGAAAAAACCGGCAGAACACAGCAAAACGAGUUGAAUAACGAUGUUGCGCCUUAUACCACACAUAUAAAACCUGUCGUGCAACAAAUCAAGUUGUUAACAGGUUUGAACAUUGGUGGUAAAACGCGAAGUUUUUCUUAACUUGCAGCAAUGUUGAAAAACAAGUUGCACGUUUUUUGUUGCCCGUUUUUCGGUACCUUAACCGUCUUGGGCGCGGCACCUAUUGAUGCAUAGAAUGUAAAUCUGCGUAGACGUAGUUUGUUGUAGAACCCAUAACGCUGUAUUUCUACGUGGCGUUUCUCAUACAUACUGGUUGGGUUACUAUGAAUCGUUUCUUUUUUUAAAAAAAAGUUUAAGUUGCAGCGAGUUUCAGUUUCUCAAAUUAUUUGAACCGUCUUCGUGAAUUAGGACAGACAGAUAUCAACGAAGGUGAAAUCUGGAAAGUGUCUUUUUUAGUGUACAUUCGGUGUAAAUACUGGUAUUAUAUUCACUUUCAAUGUACUUACAAAUGCUCGGUUUCUUCCAUACUGUUGUAUUUAUUCGUCAUCAACA